AUGUCGUCGACGGAACAAGCGAAGAAAACGCCCAGGAGGAGGUUUAUUGGGGCUCAGAAACUCAAUGGGAGUGGCAUCACGACGCAGAAGAUGUCCGGGAGCGAGAUGGUGCAUGCACCCAGGUCUACCACGGCGGCCUCCAGAAGGUCGAUUGUCCACAUUCCGGAUGAUAUUCUGAAUGACGAGGAACUGAACGAGGCGGUGAAGUUGUUGCCCGCAAAUUACAACUUCGAGAUCCAUAAGACCAUCUGGAAUAUCAGGAAGCACAACGCUAAGAGAGUCGCGCUACAGAUGCCCGAGGGGCUUCUGAUAUACUCACUUGUGAUCAGUGAUAUUUUGGAACAGUUUUGUGGCGCUGAGACCGUUGUCAUGGGAGAUGUGUCCUACGGUGCAUGCUGCAUCGACGAUUUUACCGCACGAGCGCUGGAUUGUGACUUCAUUGUGCACUACGCGCACUCGUGUCUGGUACCUAUAGACGUCACCACGAUUAAAGUGCUGUACGUGUUUGUGACUAUCAACAUCAACGAGGAUCACAUCGUCAAGACGUUGCAAAAGAACUUCCCGCAGGGGUCCAGGAUCGCAACUUUUGGCACCAUCCAGUUCAACCCUGCAGUGCACAGUAUCAAGGACGCCCUGUUGAAGGACGAUAACCACAUGUUGUACAUCAUACCACCGCAGAUUAAACCGCUGUCUCGAGGUGAAGUUUUGGGGUGUACCUCGGAAAGGUUGGACCCGAACCAAAUAGACGCAAUGGUAUUCAUCGGUGACGGUAGAUUCCACUUAGAGUCUGCAAUGAUCCACAAUCCAAAGAUUCCAGCCUUCAAGUACGACCCGUACAAUAGGAAGUUCACACGGGAGGGGUACGACCAAGGUCAGUUGGUCGAUAUACGAUCCGAGGCUAUUGAAACGGCCAGGCGUGGACAGACCUUCGGUUUGAUCUUGGGGGCGCUAGGAAGACAGGGGAACGUUUAUACGGUGGACCGGAUGGAGAGAAACCUGGUCGCUGCAGGGAAAACAGUCAUCAAGAUUAUCCUGAGCGAAAUCUUCCCACAAAAGCUCGCAAUGUUCGAUCACAUAGACGCGUUCGUUCAAGUGGCUUGCCCCAGGUUGUCAAUAGAUUGGGGGUAUGCCUUUGAAAAGCCGUUGCUGACUCCGUACGAGGCAAACGUCUUGAUGGGGAAAGACAUCAUGUUUACAGAAGAUUAUUACCCGAUGGACUACUACGAAACUAACGGAUACGGUCGCGGUAUGUUGCCAAGCCACGUGGAAGACUAA